UGCGUCCAACUGCGCUACACUCGACCACAUACUCACCAGCUAGUCCAUCACCCGAAAACCAGGGGGCUUCUGAGCGUUGACGGUGCGGGUGUUGAUAACGGAAGCAACAGCAACGCAGGUUCAAUAAUCGACAAUACGAGCAGCGGUAGCUUCAGCCGUUUGAACAACCUCUUUAUUCCUUGGCACGGAAGUUCGCAUCGAGAAAGCAGAGAAAGAAAUUCUCCCGGAGGCACUGUUUUCAGGCAUAAUGCAAAUGCUGCUAGUAGUGCGAGUGUGAACAACCAAUGAAAGAACGUUUCCUCGGUGAAACGCCGGUUGGCUAUUCAAGGUCGAUUGGGAGCAAGUGGUGGUAGUGAUUUUGAGGGAGCCAGUAGUCGUUCCAUGCGGUUCAACGAUGAUAACAACAAUCAACCGACCUAUGAAUCUGGUCGACAGGCACCACCACCAGCAGGCAGCAACACUGGAGAAUCGCGCAACUAUCGUCACCAUGGGGUUGUCAAUCGAAAUCGUUAUCCAGGUGGAGUAAGACCACCUUAUCCAGUUCACGAGAACUUGUGGCAUCGGCAGCAUAGUAUACAGGAGGCUCACCGGCGGACAAUGAUGCUCAGUGAUGUGCUGAACGACUACGCUGAUCAUUUUUCACCACACUCUAAUGAUCUGCUGGAGUCUUCGUACCAGUCUGGUUCAAGUUCUGCUCGAACGGGGGGCGCAGGCUCCAGCACGACUGGGUCCCGGAAUGAAUUCUUCGAAAACAAUGGAAUGAUGGGCUAUCGUGGCUACGGGCAGCCUACACACGGUAACUACCAACAGGAUCUUCGUGUGUUCAACCACAGGCCAAGACGUAUAUCAUAUCAUACUACGGUUUAUCCACCAAUAAGGUAGAACGAUCAUCAACACGUGCACCAUCACAUGUAUCAUCACUUCCAACCACAAUCUAUGCUCAACAAUGCCCCUCAAGUGCAUUUUAGUAUCGGGUGACUGCGACCAAGUCUGUCCAGCUUGAACAGAUUUGUUCGGGUCAUCGAAGAUACUUGCUCAAAUCGCGGUGCAACGCAGGAAAUGAUUGAGCACAACACCUUUCCCCACAAGUACAAACGGUUAAGAAGGGCUAGCGAAACCGACGAGGACAGCGAAAAAUGUACCAUCUGCCUGUCGCAGUUUGAAAUCGAUAAUGAUGUCAGGCGACUACCAUGCAUGCAUUUAUUCCCGGACUGCGUCGACCAGUGGCUAGUGACCAACAAGCACUGUCCGAUCUGCCGGGUCGAUAUCGAAGUGCACCUUACCAAAGACUACAGCAUAUGACGGCUGCGGCGAGAGCCCAUUGAACUCGUUGUCGGUCAGCACGGCCGACAGCUAGAUGAUCUCGGUGAUCGUUACUAUAGGAAUACCGGAGAACUGGCUGCUAGAGCCGGGAAUUUCGGACGCGAUCAUCAUGCUCAAGGCAGUCACAGCAACACCUCACAAAACUAUUAUUAUACCCGGUCUUCCGAAAGGGACGAAGAAUCUAAUCAGCCAGCAGACCAACGAUUCACCACUGUUGGUCUACUUUUAUCAUCGCUAUGCGUGAAACAGGAUUGUUUAAGAGACGUUAUUGUCCAUAUAUACCUAUUUUAGCAAAGUUUUUUCUCCCUAGCAAUACACUGAAGCGAGACACAGUUUUUUUUCCGUGAUAAGGAUCGAAUUCCUCCGUGAUAGAAUUUUGUUUUUUGGAACGAUUUUUUUUUCUCUAGAAUCAUUUUUGGCGAAUUCUCUUGAAGCCUUAGAAUGUAUGUGGAAAUUUAUUAUUUUGUAUUUGGUCUA